UCUUUUAGAGGUGACCACAGACUGGUAACAGGACCUUCACUGCUAUAAGGAUUAAUCUGCAUUGCAUUUUCGGUGGGAUAUUCAAAAAGCUUAGUGCUAUAAAAACAAUGGAGUGGAGGAUUAUACUACCCGUUCUGUGUGUGAUUGGGAUCCUACAUCUGCCUGGAUACGUUGUUUCUCAAGGUGUAGUUCCUACACCUGCAGCAACUACAACUACGACAACAACUACGACUACAACAACUAAACCUACAACUACAACAACUACACCUACAACAACAACAACUACACCUACAACUACAACAACUACACCUACAACUACAACAACUACACCUACAACUACAACAACUACACCUACAACUACAACAACUACACCUACAACUACAACAACUACACCUACAACUACAACAACUACACCUACAACUACAACAACUACACCUACAACUACAACAACUACACCUACAACUGUGACUACAGUAACUACACCCACAACUGCGACUGCAGCAACUACAAGUUCUACAGCUUCAACUCAAACUACGACAACCGCUACACCUGCCGAUCUUGGAGCUAUUAAUUUAGGUUUCAAGCUUACUGACACAUUCCAGACAUACUUCUCUGACUUCACUGAUCUAAGGACCAAAGCGUAUAUAGAUAAUAUCAAAAAUCAGUUGUAUCCAGUUUACAAGAAACGUUUUCCAAACUACAACGGGAUGAUUAUUAAUAAGUUGAGUGCUGGAUCCGUUCUCACAGAUGCUUUACUUCAGUUUGUCACCUCCAAUUUGCCUAUUCCUAAUGUGGUAGAUGCGAAAGACCUCCUUGUUCAGGCAGUUAACAGUGGACUCUUGAACCUACCAGUUGAUAGUACAUCUAUCACUACUGCUCUAUCCGGAGUAAGCCUAACCACCUAUAAUAUCACCUUUAAAAUACCAGGCAACUUUGUCAGUGAUCUGUCAAACAUCAACUCUAAUGCAGCUAAUUAUCUGAGACUGUUUGUCAAUAAUCAGCUGUCUGGGUAUUUCAGUAAUUACAAAAGCUUCCAAGCGCUAGAUGUUUGGCGGUUCAGGAAUGGCUCCAUUAACAUAGAUGCUUGGACAACGUUUCUCAAAAACAGCAAUCCUCCUAAUUUAACAGAGGUGGCUAAACAGUUUGGUGCUGCUGUCAGAAACAAUGCAUUCUUAUUGCCAAUUGAUCCUACAUCUAUCAAUGUUACAGACAUCCUCACAGGAACGACUGUGAGCAAGUCUCCGGUGCUGGUUAGUAUGCUAACAGCAUUGUGGAUGACCUUAGCAUCCCUUCUGUUUUCAGCUGUGAUGCACUAAGCUUCACAUUCACUUCAGCAAAAACACCACAUCAUGCUACUACCCAACAAUCAUGACUGUGGUCACACUCAGAAUCAGAAAAUCAAGUCAAACAAGUCAAGUUAUGAUCUAGCUUUAUCAUUUACUAGUCUUUCUUGUCACAUUUAGAGCCUGGUGGUACAUAUGGUAUGUGUGAAAUAUGGUAAUUUGGUCUCUGGUUUACAAAAAGCACAUUGUUACACAAUGCACAUUGAGGAAUAAUGAGGAUUGGUUUAUUGAAACCAAAUCUGAAUAAUCCUCUAUGCCACAGAAAUGGCACAAGUGAAAUUUAUCUAAAGAAAGAAAUGUAUCUUUAUCAAUGUUAAUUAGUUCUUUUUGUAACCAAAGUACACAUGUGAAAUCUAUGUAUUUAAUCUGAGUAACAUAAAUGAAGAAUUGUUCUGAUAAAUGAUCUGUAUAUUGUUUUAUGAAGUACUGAAGUUUAAUAAAAUGAAGGGGGAUCCUG